AUGAAGAAGGUUUUUACUCUUGCUGACAAAGCCUGGGUGGGUUCUAACCUACUCUAUAAGUGGCAGAAAACGGUUGGUAAUUUCAUUGCUGUUGCCGGAAAAGACAACUCAGUGAAAAUAUUUGACCGACAUGGACACAAGUGGACUGAAUUAAACCUGCCAGGGCGCUGUGUGGGUAUGGACUGGGAUAAGGAUGGCGACAUUCUGGCUGUGAUAGCUGAAAAAUCCAGGUCCAUCUUCCUCUGGGAUGCGAGUGUCAAUAAGUCUUCCAAGAUAAACAGCGGCAUGAGAGAUCAGAUGUCUCUGAUCUUGUGGUCAAAGACGAGCCCAAUGUUUGCUGUCGGGACGGUCAAAGGAAACCUUAUGAUCUACAAUCAGCAAACUUCAUGCAAGAUCCCUGUUCUGGGUAAACACUCUAAAAAGAUCACCUGUGGGUGCUGGAGUGCUCAGAACCUCCUGGCUCUCGGAAGUGAAGACAACACGCUGAGCAUCAGCAAUCAUAAGGGGGACACCAUCAGACGGACAACACUUUGCGGUGAGCCUCAUGAAAUCGACUUCUCUGUGAUGAAGACAGAUGAAAGGUCUUCUCCAGGAGAGAGCACUGUGAGUGUGUCUGUGGGAAAGAAGAUAUUGAUGCUUUUCAACAUCAAUAAUCCUGAUAACGGGGUAGAACUGACCUUCCAGCGCCGCUAUGGGAACAUCGUGUCAUAUCACUGGUAUGGUGAUGGGAACAUACUCAUUGGAUUCUCCAAUGGAUACACAGUGGUUAUUUCCACUCACCUCAGGGAGAUUGGGAAGGAGCUCUACCCGGCUUACAACCAUAAAGAUAGUCUGAACAGUGUGGCUAUCUCAUCAUCAUUAAACAAAGCUGCCUCCUGUGGGGACAACAGCAUAAUGAUCCACGACCUGUCUGAGCUCAAAGAUAACACCAAUGUUGUUCGAUUGGAUUAUGAGACUAAAGGUCUGGACCAUCUGAGCUGGACAGAUGACGGACAGCUACUGGCUAUUUCCACACAGAAAGGGACACUCCAUGGUUUCCUCACCACGCUGCCUAUUCUGGGUGACAGGUUUGGAACACGGCUGGCGUACCUCACCUCCCCGCUGGAGGUCACCGUCUCCAACCAGGUGGAAGGAGAGACCCCUGUGGCCAUAGAAGUGGACAUCGAGCCCACUUUCAUUGCAGUCGGACCGUACCAUGUGGCGGUGGGGAUGAACAAGAGAGCCUGGUUCUACGCACUUGUAGAAAAUGAACCUGGUUUUAAGAAGCUUGAGGACUUUGAGUGUUUGGGGACGAUAGCCAGCAUGUGCCUGAACUCCAACUACGCAGCAGCGCUCUUUGAGGGAAAGGUGCAGCUGCACAUGAUCGAAGGCAAAGACCACAAGGAGAAGAAACAGAUGAAGAUGUUUCCUGAUGAUGACAGGUAUGGUCGGAUCCUUUGCCACGCCCUCACUUCUGACUUCCUGUACUAUGGCACUGAUUCAGGUAAUGUAGUGUGUGUCCUGAUGGAGGACUUGAGGACUGUGAGCAGCUACAGCCAUUCAGUCGGCGUGAGGAAAGUGUUCCCUGACCAAACUGGCACUCGGCUGGUCUUCAUCGAUGACAAAAACAACGGCUUCCUGCUCUCCCCUGAAAAUAUCAAGGACCCCUGCAUCGAGCUCCCCAACUUCUCUCCCACCAUCACAGGAGUGCUGUGGGAGAACUGGUAUGCUGACAGAGGAGUGUUUGUAGCUUAUGACAACGACAAGGUCUACACCUACGCCCUGCAUAAAACCACCAUAUACGGUCCCAGAGUGGUUCUGGUGGGAAGCACCACGCUCCUGUUUCCCCAGAAGCCUUUGCUAUUGUACAACGGCGUUCUGACUUGUCAGACAGCAAGUGGGAAGACCAGUGAAGUGGCUCUGAGUACAAACUCAUUCCUCAAGCACUCAACCAAGUGCACAGAUUCGCCGCCUGAGUUCAGCAAGCAGCUCACACAGGCUCUCAUGCUGAAGAGGUUCCACGAAGCCUGGGAUCUGUGCAAGUCCGCAGGCAGUGAUGCAGACUGGGCAGAGUUAGGCAAAACGUGCCUGCUCCACAUGGAGGUCGAUCUGGCCAUCGAGGUCUACAGCAAUAGUGGGAACACGGACAUGGUCCUGUUUUUGCAGGGUAUCCAGGGUACAGUGAAUAUGAAUCUGCUGGCAGGACAUUUGGCCAAGGUUCUGGAAGACUACAACCAGGCUCAGAAACUCUACCUGUCCUCAAACUGCCCAGUCGCUGCCCUGGAGAUGAGGAGAGACCUGCAGCAGUGGGAGAGCGCUCUUAUGUUAGCGAAGAGGCUAGCAAAAGAUCAGAUCCCUUUUAUAUCAAAAGAAUAUGCUGUCCACUUGGAGUUAAUUGGAGACUAUGAGAACGCACUGGCUCACUAUAAAAGAGGCAUGACCCGCAAUAAAAAAUUCCAGGAGCACGACGAGGCGUGUCAAGCAGGUAUAGCCAGGAUGUCCAUCAGAAUGGGUGACAUCAAGAAAGGAGCCGCACAGGCUAUUCGGCACCCGAGCAGUGUGCUUAAGAAAGUAUGUGGAGCCAUACUGGAGAGCAUGAAGAAAUUCCCUGAGGCUGCUCAGCUCUAUGAGAAAGGCCAAUAUUAUGAUAAGGCUGCGUCACUUUACAUUCGUUGCAAGAACUGGUCGAAGGUGGGAGACCUACUGCCACAGGUUUCCUCUCCCAAGAUCCACUUGCAGUAUGCCAAGGCCAAAGAGGAGGAUGGAAAGUAUGAGGACGCAGCCCGGGCCUAUGAGAGCGCGAAGGACUGGGACAACGUGAUCCGAGUUCUGCUGGACCACCUGAACAACCCUGAGGACGCUGUGCGCAUCGUCAUGGAGACGCCGACCAUUGACAGAGUAAAAAUGGUUGCCAGGUUCUUCCUACGGUUGAACGACGAAAGCUCAGCCAUCCACUUCCUGGUUCUGUGCAAGUACAAAGAUGAAGCCUUCCAGCUGGCAGCGCAGCGCGGAAAAAUGGAGGUCUACGUCGACUUCAUCGGCUCUGAGGCGACACAGGAGGAUUACCAGAGCAUCGCUUUCUACUUUGAAGGAGGAAGGAAACAUCUGCAGGCUGGAAAGUUCUUCCAGAAGUGUGGACACUACAGCAGAGCCCUGGGACACUUCCUGAAGUGUUCCAACACAGACGACAACCUGGCAGUGGAGAUGGCCAUUGAGACGGUGCGUCAGGCCAAAGACAGCUCUUUGACCAAUCAGCUGAUAGAUUACCUGAUGGGGGAGAGUGACGGCAUGCCCAAGGAUGCCAGGUACCUCUUCCGUCUCUACAUGGUGUUGCAGCGACACAAGGAGGCUGCUCGAACGGCCAUCAUCUUCGCCAGAGAGGAGCAGUGUGCAGGGCACUACUGUAAUGCCCAUAACGUGCUGGUCAGCAUGUACACGGAGCUGAGGGCCCAGAAGGCUAAGAUCCCUAAGGACAUGACCACCGAUCUGAUGAUCUAUCACUCUUACAAACUUGCGAAGCUGCAUUCAAACAGAGGAGAACACCUUAAAGCGGGCCACAUGCUCCUUCGAGUCUCCAACUACAUCAGCCGGUUUCCUAAACAUGUUGUUACCAUUCUGACGGAAGCAGUCAUAGAGUGUCACCGCUCCGGGUUGAGAGACUCGGCCUAUAAGCUUGGAGCCCUGCUGAUGAGACCAGAGUACCGAAACGAGAUCGACAAGAAGAACCGGAGGCUGAUUGAGUGGUUGGUUCGACGUCCCGAUAAAGAUCUGGAGGAGGAAAAGACUCCAUGUCCGUUCUGUGGCUGCAAGCUCCCACAGAACGAGCUGCAGUGUUAUUCCUGCAAGAACAACGUGCCCUAUUGCAUCGCCACGGGUCGUCACAUGCUGAAAGAAGACUGGUCAGAGUGUCCUCACUGUGAAUUCCCUGCUCUCUACUCGGAGUUCACUCGGUUGUUGGAGACGGAGGGUGUGUGUCCGAUGUGCUCAGAGACUGUGAGGGUCAAACAGCUGAAGAAGAUCUCGGAUUGUUCCCAAUCUAAGGUUAAAGAGAUGGUGUCUGUUGUGGACGGUGGCUGCGGAUCGGAGGCCGGACACAAGCGGAGACGCACGGGCAGCUCGUCCCCUCCAACAGACGCGCUCACCCCGGCUCGACAGCGCAGGUCAGAGGCCAGGCACAGGAAACAGAAACUCAUAUCCAGGCUGAGUGACUCCGGUUUCCAGGAGGACCUGGGAGACUCUCCGGUCUCAACCCCGAACCAGACACCCACAGUGUCCCCGCUCCGAGUGCCGGAGCCUGCAGCAGGACAGCAGCUGUCCGGCGGCUGGUUCCUCCAGUACGGUGACAUCGGCUUCCGCGUCCAGAGGGAGAGAGAGGAUCACUUCCAUCCCUGCAGGAGCUUGGCACGGCAGCCACAGCUGACGGCAGAGGCGCGCUGUAAGCUCGUCAGCUGGCUCAUCCCUGUGCACAGACAUUUCCGUCUGUCGUUCGAGUGCUGCUGCCUGGCGGUGAACAUCAUGGACAGGUUCCUGGCGUCCACAGCGGUGGCUGCUGACUGCUUCCAGCUACUGGGGGUCACUGCACUUCUUUUAGCCACUAAACAGGUGGAGGUUGGCUCGCCACGGAUCAGCCAUCUCUUGUCAUUGUGCUGCGAUGCCUUCACCAAGGAGCAGCUCUGCAACCUGGAGUGUCUCAUCCUCCUUCGCCUCAACUUCCGCCUCGCUGCACCCACCCUGGCCUUCUUCAUAGACUACUACACCAACUGCAUGGAGGCCGCCCAGAACGAAGCUGGUGGUGGUUUUGCAAGAAGAAAACUGGACACAAAAAGACCCAGGCGGUGCAGCGACCUCGCACAAAAGGUGUGCGAGCUGAGUUUAGCAGACUAUGCUUUCAACAAGUACCCAGCAUCUCUGACUGCCAGCUGUGCACUGAGGCUCGCCAGUGAGGUAAUGAAAACAGAGCAGGGGCUCAAAAUCCAGUCAGGGAAAGACCAGUGGGACAGUUUUGUGGAUGAGCCAUGUGUCCAAACAGCCUUAUCCGAGAGAUCUGUAGGUCAGGAGGGCCACAACCAGAAUCUGGCUCGGGAAUGCAAAGACAACCUGAAGAUGCUGGUGUCUUUAAACCAGGAGAAACUGGACAGGAUGUCCAACAUGUGA